AUACAGAUCAAGUCGGUCUAGCAAAUUUAUUCUUACUUGAGUGUAGCAGUUUCCCGUGAAAACUUUGAUAAGUGUCGAUACUACCUAGUGCCGAUAGAUGUGAAAAAAUCUUACUGGAAUGUGUUAGCUAUAGAAUGCUACUGCCGCCGCCGAUGUAAUCGAACAGUGCCAGUGUCAUUAAUUUUCUAUUAACUAUCGGUGCAAUUGAAGUUUUUCGCCGAGACCGGAUGUUAGUGCAAUGGGACAAACUAUUAGCAAUUCCGCUCCUCGCAGCGCAUCGUCCUGUCCGGGACCGAACAAUCUACCCCCGCUGCAGUUUCACAACGUGCACGGGGACAACAUUAGAAUUUCACGCGACGGAACCGUAGCUCGCCGGUACGAGUCAUUCUGCAAAGGUAUCGCUUUCAGUGCGCGGCCGGUCCGCGUGAACGAGCGCGUAUGCGUCAAGUUCCUCGACAUAUCGAACAACUGGAGCGGCGUAAUCCGGUUCGGAUUCACCUGCAACGACCCGGCCACGCUGCGUGGCAAUCUGCCAAAAUAUGCCUGUCCCGAUCUGACCAACAAACCCGGAUUCUGGGCCAAGGCUCUGAACGAACGUUACUGCUAUCGCAACAACGUUCUAUUCUACUAUGUCACACCAUCGGGAGAUGUACACUUCGGCAUUAAUGGCGAAGAGAAGGGCGUUUUCAUCACCGACGUUGAUGCACGCGGGCCCUUGUGGGCCGUGAUUGAUGUGUACGGAAAUUCUACGGCAAUUGAGUUCCUAGAUUCGCGCAUUUACAUGUUCCAAGCACAGCAACAACAACAACAACAGCAGCAGCAACAACAUCACCAUCAUCACCAUUCACAACCUGCGCAGAACCAAUCGUGCGGACGUCGUUCUGCCGAUCAGGAGAUCGUACCUCAGCUGGAAUCACUCAGUAUCAAUCAACACAAUCAGCAGCUGCUGGAAGAACGACCGACCCAGACUACCGUUAUCAGCCCAGCGGCCAGUAUGCGCUAUAACAGCCCUGUACCUGGUCUGCUGCCGCUGCCGUUCCAUCCAGUACGUGGUCGAAACGUUAAAUUUUCCCCUGAUCGAUCCGUCGCCACCCGUGUCGAGUCAGAAUUCUGUCAAGGGUACGUUUUCACUCCCCGUCCAAUUAAAAUCGGUGAACGGCUAAUCAUCCAAAUUAUGAAAACCGACACCAUGUUCGUCGGUUCGUUGGCUUUGGGGCUAACCUCCUGUGAUCCAGCUACGUUACAGCUAUCGGACUUGCCGGACGAUUCCGAUUUGCUGCUAGAUCGACCGGAGUAUUGGGUUGUCAGUAAGGACGUUGCAUCUACGCUCGUCCGCGGUGAUGAGCUUUGCUUUUCGAUUUCGGUCAAUGGCGAAGUUUCCGUCAGCAAAAACGGUGGACCCCAAUCGGUGAUCAUGCACAUCGACCAAAGCCUGCAGCUGUGGGCCUUCCUCGACGUUUACGGUUCCACUCAAAGCGUUCGGCUGUUCACGCAUGCAAUUCCCGCUGCGAUUGCGACAGCAUCCUGCUCCGCUCUCUACGAUCCUCGUCCGAUUGCAGCAUCUGCUAGUCAGCGCAGCCUACAGAUUCAGUCAUCAGCAGCUGCACAACCCCAACCGACUGCUUCGCUUCGGUCGGAUAUGAUUCAGAUCAAUCCGGGUGGUACGGUCCUGGUUGUUAAUCUGCCACCAACCGAAGUGAUCUCACCAACCUCGUCACAACCAUCGGUUCAGCAAGCUCAGGCCACCAUCGUGAGUCGAGGUUUGCCGAACUCUGCUUCAACGCUUUCCGUUCCUUUAUCAACGCUCUCGCUAUCCUCGCACACCAGUUCCACCGGAACCAGCGAAAUAGUUCCGGCCUACAGUUACAAUGAGCCCCUUCCGGCAUACAACAAUGCCUCUAAUUACAACACGCUGGCUGCUAAUGCCGGCUCGAGUAGUUGCGGAGGUGGUGGCAGCGGCAGCAGUUGUGCCGCUACCCUGACGACGGCUGGCAACGGUGCCCCGAUCUACAGUUCUACCGGUGUCGAUUGCACGAUCUGCUUCGAGAAACCAAUCGAUUCGGUGCUGUACAUGUGCGGCCACAUGUGCAUGUGCUACGACUGUGCGAUCAAGCAGUGGCGCGGCAUCGGCGGUGGUCACUGUCCGCUGUGUCGUGCCGUUAUACGGGACGUGAUUCGCACCUACAAAUCCUAGAGCCGGAGCGAGCGCCGAUCGAUAUCUGGUCACGAUACCAAAUGGAAGCAAAUUAAAAUGUGAUUUUUAUUCCAAAAACUAACGAAAACAAGCGAGGGCAGUAAAACUUGAAGAGAAGGAAAGCAAACUUUCGGAAACGUUCUGGUCAAAAUUAUACACUUAUAUUUUAUGCGAGUAAACUAUACAGUAGUCAAAAUUGCAUAUGGUUGAUGAAAAAGGGGAAAGAUCUGAGGUCUGAGGUAGAGUAAGUGCCGAUUAUACUAUUGUUGGUUGGGUUUUUGCGUUUCGUAAAGCCAUCGGAUUGGUUUAGUUGCGUUCUCUGUCGAAAUCGUUGACGAAUACAUUAUCUAGUGCGUAAGUUUGUAGGACAAAGUUGCUGAUGAACAAACCAAAAAAGAACACAAGAAAAGUAAAUUUUUUGCUUAUAGUCUAGAAUACAACAGUGAGGAAAUUGCCAAAUACAAUGCAUCACUUCCAAAUGAAACUUGAGAGAGUGCCGAAGGAAUGGAGUAAGAUUUACAGCGGAAUGCACCUAAUAAUAUUUAUGUUUUAUCUUAUUCAUUUCACUGCAUCCCCAUUUACGGCACAUUAGAUUGUUGUGUUCAUCCUGAGCGACAGUUUAUUUAAUAAAACUUUUACUAUCUAGUCAAAAACAAAACUUUCAACUAUAUAUCGAAAAGAGCGAUCACCCCAAAGGUAUAACUAGACUUAGUAAAACGUUUUUUUUCUCCACAAUAGACUAUUGAAACUAACUAAUCGUAAUACGUCCUUUUUCUCUGAUUUUUACUUAUCCCAUUACAAGUGAUCCACUUUAGAUUAAUAUGAUUGAAAAUAUGCUAUUAUAUACCCACACUUAUACGGUCAGUAGCGGGAACGCUAGGCAGUGUAGAACUUUAUCGAUAUGCCACGUCCCGGGUGAAAUGCAGUCAAGAUUCAAGCAUUAUUAGACGUAAGAUCAAUGAAAUCCAAUGAACACUACUACUUAUUAUAAGGAGAAAACAUAGUUGACACAUUUAUUAAUUUAUUGUUAU